GUCAGUUUCUGAAACUCGCCGGGCUGGGUGGUCAGACUCCUGACAGCCACUGUCUCUGCACUCCCGUGAGCUGCUGAGUUUACUGGCCAUUCAGAGAGACUUCUGUGUUGAACCCACGUGAAUCUGGCUAAUCCCAUCUCUUCUGUGAAAACUUGAAUACAGCCUUCUGCUGCAAUAGGAAAACUGGCUGUCCUUAACUUGCUCAGAGGAAAACCAUUGGUUUUUCAAGGUGAAAAGGAAACGGUGAAAAGCUGAGAGAUGAUAUCAUAAACACUGAAUUUUUUGUCAUUAGUGAAAUUGUCUAGAAAUUGGCUGCUUGCUAAAUUGGGAGUCGGAUUGUUAUUCUGGGAAGAUGGGGGUUAUUUUCAUGAGUGGGAAGAUGGGUAAAAUGGCAGUGAUUCCCACAGCGAACCUGUGUUGGAGGGCUGUGACUAACAGCGCUUCGCUUUUCUCCUGGACAGAAGGCCGUGUCCUGGGACUUAUCUGAUGGUGGGAGGCUGUGGCUGUACCAGGAAGAAGCAUAUUGCCACGUGGAUGCCGCCGCGCAGCAGGUUCGCUUGAGGCGGAAGCUUCAGGGAUAACUGGAGGAAGAAAUAUGAAGCCUUAGCAGCUUUACCCGGGAAGCGAGUUUCGAGAUGGCGGCUCAGCGGAUCCGAGCUGCCAACGCCAGCGGCCUCCCUCGCUGCAAGUCAGAGGGGACCCUGAUUGACCUGAGCGAAGGGUUUUCAGAGACGAGCUUUAAUGAUGUCAAAGUGCCUUCUCCCAGUGCCUUGCUAGUAGACAACCCCACACCUUUUGGAAAUGCGAAGGAAGUGAUUGCAAUCAAGGACUAUUGCCCCACCAACUUCACCACACUGAAGUUCUCCAAGGGUGACCAUCUCUACGUCUUGGACACAUCUGGCGGUGAGUGGUGGUACGCACACAACACCACCGAAAUGGGCUACAUCCCCUCCUCCUACGUGCAGCCCUUGAACUACCGGAACUCAACGCUGAGUGACAGCGGCAUGAUUGACAAUCUCCCAGACAGCCCAGACGAGGUAGCCAAGGAGCUGGAUCUGCUCGGGGGUUGGACGGAUGACAAAAAAGUACCAGGCAGAACAUACAGUAAUAACCCUUUCUGGAACGGGGUCCAGACCAACCCGUUUCUGAAUGGGAACGUGCCCGUCACGCCCAGCCUGGAUGAGCUGAAUCCCAAAAGUACCGUGGAUUUGCUCCUUUUUGACACAGGCACAUCCUCCUUCACUGAAUCCAGCUCAGCCACCACGAAUAGCACUGGCAACAUCUUCGACGAGCUUCCAGUCACAAACGGGCUCCACGCAGAGCCGCCGGUCAGGCGGGACAACCCCUUCUUCAGGAGCAAGCGCUCCUACAGUCUCUCGGAACUCUCCGUCCUCCAAGCCAAGUCCGACGCUCCCACAUCGUCAAGUUUCUUCACCGGCUUGAAAUCACCUGCCCCUGAGCAGUUUCAGAGCCGGGAGGAUUUUCGAACUGCCUGGCUAAACCACCGGAAGCUGGCCCGGUCUUGCCAUGACCUGGAUUUGCUUGGCCAAAGCCCUGGUUGGGGUCAGACCCAAGCCGUGGAGACAAACGUCGUGUGCAAGCUGGAUAGCUCUGGGGGUGCUGUGCAGCUUCCCGACACCAGCAUCAGCAUCCAUGUGCCCGAGGGCCACGUCGCCCCUGGGGAGACCCAGCAGAUCUCCAUGAAAGCCCUGCUGGACCCCCCGCUGGAGCUCAACAGUGACAGGUCCUGCAGCAUCAGCCCCGUGCUGGAGGUCAAGCUGAGCAACCUGGAAGUGAAAACCUCUAUCAUCUUGGAGAUGAAAGUGUCAGCAGAGAUAAAAAAUGACCUUUUUAGCAAAAGCACAGUGGGCCUCCAGUGCCUGAGGAGUGACUCAAAGGAAGGGCCAUAUGUCUCCGUCCCGCUUAACUGCAGCUGUGGGGACACGGUCCAGGCACAGCUGCACAACCUGGAGCCCUGUAUGUACGUGGCUAUCGUUGCCCACGGCCCAAGCAUCCUCUACCCUUCCACCGUGUGGGACUUCAUCCAUAAAAAAGUCACAGUGGGUCUCUACGGCCCCAAACACAUCCACCCAUCCUUCAAGACGGUAGUGACCAUUUUUGGGCAUGACUGUGCCCCAAAGACACUCCUGGUCAGCGAGGUCACACGCCAGACCCCCAACCCUGCCCCGGUGGCCCUGCAGCUAUGGGGCAAGCACCAGUUCGUUUUAUCCAGACCCCAGGAUCUCAAGGUCUGUAUGUUUUCCAAUAUGACAAAUUACGAGGUCAAAGCCAGCGAGCAGGCCAAAGUGGUGCGAGGAUUCCAGCUGAAGCUGGGCAAGGUGAGCCGCCUGAUCUUCCCCAUCACCUCCCAGAACCCCAACGAGCUCUCUGACUUCACGCUGCGGGUUCAGGUGAAGGACGACCAGGAGGCCAUCCUCACCCAGUUUUGCGUCCAGACGCCUCAGCCACCCCCUAAAAGUGCCAUCAAGCCUUCCGGGCAAAGGAGGUUUCUCAAGAAGAACGAAGUCGGGAAAAUCAUCCUGUCCCCGUUUGCCACCACUACAAAGUACCCGACUUUCCAGGACCGCCCGGUGUCCAACCUCAAGUUUGGUAAGUUGCUCAAGACUGUGGUGCGGCAGAACAAGAACCACUACCUGCUGGAGUACAAGAAGGGCGACGGGAUCGCCCUGCUCAGCGAGGAGCGGGUCAGGCUCCGGGGCCAGCUGUGGACCAAGGAGUGGUACAUCGGCUACUACCAGGGCAGGGUGGGCCUCGUGCACGCCAAGAACGUGCUGGUGGUCGGCAGGGCCCGGCCCAGCCUGUGCUCAGGCCCCGAGCUGAGCACCUCGGUGCUGCUGGAGCAGAUCCUGCGGCCCUGCAAGUUCCUCACCUACAUCUAUGCCUCCGUGAGGACCCUGCUCAUGGAGAACAUCAGCAGCUGGCGCUCCUUCGCCGACGCCCUGGGCUACGUGAACCUGCCACUCACCUUUUUCUGCCGGGCAGAGCUGGAUAGUGAGCCCGAACGGGUGGCGUCCGUCCUGGAAAAGCUGAAGGAGGACUGUAACAACACGGAGAACAAAGACCGGAAGUCCUUCCAGAAGGAGCUUGUGAUGGCCCUACUGAAGAUGGACUGCCAGGGCCUGGUGGUCAGACUCAUCCAGGACUUCGUGCUCCUGACCACAGCCGUAGAGGUGGCCCAGCGCUGGCGGGAGCUGGCCGAGAAACUGGCCAAGGUCUCCAAGCAGCAGAUGGACGCCUACGAGUCUCCUCACCGGGACAGGAACGGGGUUGUGGACAGCGAGGCCAUGUGGAAGCCUGCGUAUGACUUCUUACUCACCUGGAGCCAUCAGAUCGGGGACAGCUACCGGGAUGUCAUCCAGGAGCUGCACCUGGGCCUGGACAAAAUGAAAAACCCCAUCACCAAGCGCUGGAAACACCUCACCGGGACUCUGAUCUUGGUGAACUCCCUGGACAUUCUGAGAGCAGCCGCCUUCAGCCCCGCGGACCAGGACGACUUCGUGAUUUGAGUGGGUCCCCUCCCCUCCUGCUGCUCUGGAGUGCGAGCCCUCUUCUGCCCUGAGUGCACUGCUGUCACCGCGGAGCUGAAGAGGGAGGAAGGGGUGGCUGCUCAGACAGAUUCAGGGCCCGCCAGCUAGGCCUGCACCCAUCCUGUGCCACCCUUCUCCAUCGAGGGAGAGGCCUGAAGGGACUGCCUAUUGCAGGUCGUUGCCAAUCACAUCGCUUUCUAUUUGUUAAGGGUAAAUGUAAAUUUAAAAUCACUUUUCUAAAGAAUGGGGGGAAGGGAUCUAUGAGAAAGGUGGUGUCUAAUUUUUUUAUGGACCAUAAAGGUUUAAAAGAAAACUUAAUAGGGGCACAGGCUGUUGAGGUUUUUAUGUUGUUAUAGGCCUUUUUAAAUUAUGUUAGAGAUGUAUAUAGGUAUUUAAAGGUCACUGGGGGCAUUUCUGAUUCCCGGCCACACUUUGCAUUUCAACACUCAGCCCAGAAAGACACUCGUUGGGUUGUUGGACUUCUGUCACUCCCUACACAUCAGAACGUGAAUCACGUGGGAAAAAGUGGCUCUUCAGUAAACGGGUACAGCUCAUGCUUUCUGAGAAGGCCCGAGCUCCUGCUCCCUACUCGGAUUUCAUUGUCUUCCGAGCUUUGCCUCACGCGUAGUGAAUGACCAUCCACAGAACAUGUGACUCUUUGGUGAGCUUUGGUGGGCAGAGUGAAGUCCUGCGUUAGCAUGUAGGUGCCCUGAGCUGUUUCUGCCAAUAGAUUAGAAAGCAGCCGUGCCAGUGUGCAUUUAGUCUUUGACAAGAACAAUGCCAUUUGAGAGUGAGGUGGUCCCGCUGCUACGAGGCCAUUGUACUGUUUUUUCCUUGGGGUCAAAGCAGUGCUUCCCAUAGAGUUUGCUGCCUCUUCUGUGGACAGGAAGAAAACUUCACGAGCGAAUCAGAGCCUUGGUGGCCACCGACUCUCGUGCUUCUUGCAGAUGCUGUGGUUGGCCUCACAAGCAACGCCUUAUGCUGAUGUGCACAGGUGCCAGCUGCCAUUUGCCAAACUCCGCACUUCAUUUCAUCUAAGGCUUAACCCCUCUUCCUUCCUGGUAUACCUGCAUCUCCUCGAAGAAAGUAAUAGUUUAGAUGAAACCGGUUUUUGUACAAUGUAAAGGUCAUCUGAGCAAGAUGAGCAUUUUGUAAAAAUGAAAAUGUGUCUCACAUAAAAUCAGGAACUUGGCACAGUGUUGCAUUAAUAACUUUAGGGUGCAGACAUGCUGUGUGAAUCUCACAAUGCCUCAUAGAUGUCACGUCUUAGAAGGGAGCAGGAGGAAGGACUGAUACCCAGCAAAUCAGUAGAGUGAGGUGAUCCCCAGCAACGUGCCAGGACACACCUGUGUGCCUGCAGUUGUCAGGGGCCAUUUGGGAUCCCAAAUCUCAUUCUCUAAAACUGCUUUCCUGAAACAUGUUACUUCCUUAGUGUAAUCAAUGUAUACUCCCUUACUGGCCUGAAACGUUGUAUAGCUACUUAUUCAGAUACUGAAGACCAAUAGACUGAAAAUAAGAACAAACACUAGCUAUUUUAUGCUGCAAGAACCAGGACACACAAUUCGCCAAUCAUCCCACCAUGUAACCUUCGAUUGUGCUUCUCAACUCCACCCCAUAAUUUCUCCCAGAGAUCAUCUAUCACCUUUUCCCCAAAGAAGAUACAAAACCAGUUGCACCUUAAACCAUGGAUAUUUUUUCCUCAGGGGCUUUAAAUAGUUUCCUAUGCAACGUGUCUUGUAGCACAAAUAAAAUUCUACAAAAGUUGCAGUAAAUUUUAUUUGGAUAUUUUUACCUGUUAAGUGUGUGUGUGUUUUCUGUACCCAACCAAACUUUAAAUAAAACAAAAAUAAAACCU